AGUUUUUUGGCCCUAGCCGUCUCCGCUGAGGAAGCCAUUUGGUUUAAGCUUAUUUUGUUUUAUCACUGUUCUCUCCAGGCAGAUAUGGAGGUUUUUGCACACGAUGGCUCUGAAUGCGCCUCUUCUUCAGAUUCCUCAGGGUCUUUGGUUGAAGCAACCGAACUGCGCGCUGGCAUGCGCGCCUACUGUCUCUUGGUUGUUCGGGGCGUGGUUCGCGCAACAGAGGUUUGUGUGGUGGAGCUGGGGAAUUUUCAAACUGUGAUCGCUGCCCCUGUCGACUGUGCUAUUGCCGAAUCUGGAAAUUGGAUCGAUCCCCUAUCUUGGGCGCCGCGUAAAUGGAGGGGCGAUGGAUGGGGGGGGUGCAGCGAGGGCUGCAGGAAAGGGGCCCGUUAGGGGCCCUAAAUGGGCCCUUUUGGGCCCCAGAGGGGAGCCUCCAGGGCCCGAACAGUGCACCUUUCUCCCCCCCCCAUUGAGCGGCGCCCAAGUGUCGGAUGCUGUGCCCACGAGCUUCCAAUGUUCGUGUCUUGAGCGCGGUGCGCACUGCGACGUGAUCUAUUACAGCGUGGCCGCCGACGCGGUCUCGGCCACGGCCUCGGGCAGCCCGUGCUCCGGGUUUCUUUCACGCGGAGGCGAGCGAUGCCAGCCUACGGCACGAAGCGUCAUUACAACCUAUUACGGCAGGGCAAACGAGAAGUCUCCCCGCAUGCAGACUGCCCGCGGCGACGGUGCGCAGGCGCAGUCGUACUACGAGGUGCAGACGGCAGCGCCUUCCAGGCCGUUCUUUGAGAACAGCGUGCUGCUCAUACCCGAUCUGGUGAGCAGGGCGGAGUGCCACUCUCUGAUCGAGGUCGCUGACCGCCACGCUUCCGUAACUUCCGUGGACUCGAGUUCAAGCUUCGCGGGCACAUGUCUGCAUCGGCUUCCCGUUUGUGAGCUUGGGCUCGAAGCAGAAGCACUGUCUUUCAACAUCUUGCGCGACAGAGUCUUGCACUUCUUCGAGCUCAAUCUUCCAGAGGCGGCGGAGUCCCUCUUCGGCCAGCGCUCGAACCUCGGGAGGCUGGCGUUCUCGCACUCUCGAGCAGAGCCUGCUGUCAACAGGUACACUGCAGGUGGCGAGUUCAGCAUCCACCACGACGCCCACUCCGUCACGGUCAACGUGCUGCUCUCAGAACCGGAUGCUUUCCUGGGGGGCGGCACUGCGUUUUGGCCACAGGGGCGCGGCAGCAGUGCCGAUGGCGCCGAGGUCGUGCUGCAGCCCCCUCGAGGCGUCGGGGUGGUCUUUAACGGCCACGUGGAGCACGCUGGUCGACCCGUGCUGUCGGGCGUGAGACACGUCUUUGUCUCAAGCUUCAAUCUAGUUCGUGAAUGAUUCCGUCGCCACAGCGUCUGUUUCGAUGUCUGUCUCGGCAGAGAUUGGGUGCGAGCUUGUUAUGCAGCGAGCACGGCAAGGUUCAGCAGCUCUGCCGGAGCUCACGGGCCUCCACGAGGCUUGUUCUCCCCGUCGUCGUCGAGCUCCUCCCUCUCCUGCCCCUUCUCCUUCCUCUUCCCUCCUUCCUUCUCGUCCUUCGCUGACCAGCCCACGCUCUCCUGGGGACAGCAGCUGAGAGGCAAAUGUUCUUAUCUCCCGCGCGGCGGGCAGCGCCAAUCAUCUCUCCACGCAGCCCCUUGAGCAUCACAAGCAGAA